AAACCCAUCAACUUGAGAAGAAAUGGAGACGAGAAGCAACAAGGCCUUCUUCCUUGGAGCAAUGCUGCUCCUGGCUUUCACACUGCUCCAAACAUCGGAAGGCCAGAGCAUAUGCAACAUUCCACUUUCGAGUUUGAUGGCAUGCCGGCCAGCCGUGACACCACCCAACCCUCCGGCGCCCACUGCCACAUGUUGCUCCGCCCUCACCAAGGCAAACUUGUCAUGCCUUUGCUCCUACAAGAACUCCAAGCUCUUGCCUCAACUUGGCAUCGACCCAAACCUUGCAGUUCAGCUUCCUGCUAAGUGCAAGCUGCCCAAUGCGCCAACUUGCUAAACCUAUAGUACUUAAUUUAAGUGUAAGAGGGUAGUGUGCUUUCAUUCUCUGCGUAUGUGUGUGUUUGCUUUCCUUUGCAUAAUUGUGGAGUGAGGUUGGCAGUGUCGUUUUGUCGUUACUUUCCCAGCAGAAAUAAAAGAGAAGUUAAAGA